AUGGAAGAACAGGAGACAACCGCUGAAGUUCUUUUGCGCCGCGGCAAGAGAGGAGCUGCUAGCUACUUGCAGGCACACAGCCAUCCAGCACAAUUACUCAAUGAACUCCUGAAUUUCAUCCUCGACCCAGCCAAACCAGUCGACAUGUGGGACACUCAGGACUGGUGCAACUGGCUGAUGGCGGGGGGAAACCCAGCCGAUUUCGCGAACACAGUGAGACGUUACACUAAUGCCACAAUGUGUGGUCUUGUGUGGACGUCCAACUUUGUUGCAUACCGGUGUCGAACCUGCGGAAUAUCCCCCUGCAUGUCGCUAUGCGCCCAGUGCUUUCGACUCGGUAAUCACGAAGGCCACGACUUCAACAUGUUCCGGUCGCAGGCGGGAGGAGCCUGCGAUUGCGGCGAUACGAACGUCAUGAAAGAUUCGGGCUUCUGUACGAGACACGGACGACUCAACGAAGAGAGCGAUGCUGCGGAUCGGAUUCCUCCCCCGGACCUCCUUACGAUCGCGCAGCUCAUGAUGCCCAGGGUGAUCCUCAGACUCUUGCAGCAUCUCCGCGAAACGUCCGCGAUCGCGCCUGCCGAGCAACCGAUGGCGUUGAUUCGCGCGGAUUCUUUCAUCGAUUUCGUUGAAAAGCUCGCAGCAAUGGGAGAUCCGAUGCGGGUCGUGAUAACUCAGUCCCUCACGAACCCGUCCAUGUAUCAACAACUUACAAAGGAACGGGACGAGAACUACGAGCAGGCCAAGCAGCGACUGAAGAACUGGGAAUGUCCCAUCGAUUUCAACGACGUGAAAGCCUUGCGACCAGAGCUCGUCCAUGAGACGUUCCUGGAGGAGCUCGUUUUCUGGAUGGUCAAGUACGAGUGUCCCCAGAAGCUGACGUGUCUUCUCCUCAGUAUGCUCCCUGAGCAGGACUACAAGGUCCAGUUCACAAGAACCUUCGUCAUGCACUACACUAGGAUUUCCCUGAUGCUGACACAGUGCCGAGACAGUGAAACUCUAUCGAAUCGUGUCGUGCAGGUGUCCGUGCAACUGUUCUCGAACGAGGCACUCUCGCUACAGAUGGUGCACGAGGCUCAGCUAUUGCAAGUGAUGGUGAUCUCGAUGAAGGCCAUGAUGAAGCGGACGCUACAGCAGUCGACUUUACAAUUCGCCGAGAAAAACCUUCAUUAUGUGAUCAACUGCGCGCACAAAAUCACCAAACAACACUGUUACUGGCCUCUGGUAUCAGAUCUGAACAACAUCCUCACGCACAAACGUGUCGUCAUGGAAUUCCUCAGCGACACCCGUCUCCUAGAUGUCUGGUUCAAUUUGUUAUCCAUGUACCAGGGAAUGAACGUGCACCACCGUGAAACCGAGAGACACAUAGAGUUCGAACCCAGUACGUAUUGUGCGGCGUUUUCGGCAGAGCUCGAAGCCAGCGCGACUCCGAUGUGGGCGUUUCUGAUCCACCUCACCGAUAAGGAGACUCUAAAGCUGAGCGUUCUAGUCCUCACGCAAUGCGUCCUGGCUCUCGAGGAUUUCUUCGAUGCGAUAAAUUUCCGCGCCACGGACAAACCCACGAUCGACCAGGCGAGCUUUCAUCUUCCUCUACAUCGGUAUCUGGCCACCUUCAUCAGGAACUGCGUCCUGUUCCAAGAAUGCGGUGGCGUGGAAGAGAUCUUCAAGGUCGCCGAAAUAAGCAAUACGUCGUUCAUGAAGUGUCUUAUCGCCCAUCCACUGCAAACGAUAAUUUCUUUCUACGAGAUUAUCGCUGCCAACAUGUGGGUACGCAACGGUCUCCACAUGAAAGGACAAGCGAUGACCUACAUUCAGAGCCACUUCUGCAACUCGAUGGUCGACCCCGACAUUUUCCUCCUGCAAGUGUGCGGGUCGCAGUUGGAUAACAACUGGUUCAUCUCGACAGUGAUAGAGAGAUUCCGAGUCGGUCCCCUACUCACGCUUCAGAGUAUGACUGCCGACGACGAAUCCGAUCUAGACGAAAAAAUGGACGCAAUGCUCAAUUCGCUUCUCACGUUUUUGGCCACCCUCACCAGUGUUCGCACGAUGAUGAACGCAAACGAGGAGGAAUGCACGCGCGAAGAAAUGGUCUCGUUGCUGUGCAUGUCUGACCGCACCCACUCUCAAAUAAUCGACUUGCUGCCCGAAAAAUGCGGCCAAUACGGCGCGAGUGUACCUCACUGUGAUCGACACAUGAACGCGGUGGCCGAUUACAAGGCCCCCAAUUUCGAAAUGGGCGGCCAUAUGAUCCAAGGCACAUACACCCCGAAGGCGAGCGUGUGGGAGAAUAGUUUCGAUCCGAUUCAUACAUUGUUGAGAUCAGUGCACCGGAAAGAUUAUCAAGCCGCACUGAACCGAUUCGCCGCCCACACCGGCAUCAAGAAUUGCUGGCCGCCGUACAGAAUCCCACCAGGGGUCCAUGAAGGGCUUCAAGACCCCCGUAAGCUGCUAUUCUGCUCGAGUCUUCAAGCUUUAGCGUUCGUUAUCCUCCACAAAGCCGUCAGUGGGCGCAACGAAGAAAUCGACGAGCAGAUUCUAUCGUUAGCGGUGUAUCUACUCGAAUUGGCUGUCGAGUUUCAUUCGAAAGACACUUGUCGUGCUUGCCGAGACCGCCAAGGUCCACUCGUUGCGCCCGAUGAGGUUUUGGUGAUUUCUGAAAUCGGCGACGGAGUGGAGCACUUCAAGAACUGGUACCCCAGUUCGUGCCCGAUAAUCUCAAGUUUGACGCUAAUCAAGAACGUGGAAAUCGUGGAAACGAAUGAGGAUGCUACAGAAAGCGCGUCAACUGCCCUCAAAGUGACGUCUAUGGAUCUCGACCUCGAAAAUGCAGACGAUCAAACUGCUGCAAUCACGCACGUUCAACAUGAAGACUCUGAUGCGAAAGUAGGCUUACUCGUGGAUCUCAGAUCCGAAGCUUCGGCUGGAACCUCCUCUAACGACGAUUCGCAAUACGCUCUCUUGUUGCGGCACUCUGUCGAGCUCAUGCCAACCCAUUCGGGACGGGCUGUCAGCUGUGCCAUGGAAACGGAUGAUAGUGACGCGGAUUUGAUUGAUUUCUCUGAAGACGCCACAAUGGCCUCCUUGCCUGCUCCUAUGCCAUUACGAUAUCUAGUUGGAGUGAAUGAGAGUAUCGUCUCGCUUCUGCUUAAACUCUAUGCCAAACUGGCGUCGUCUUCGUCCCGAAGCGGCGGUCAGACCUCAUCGCCGCGUCGACGGAUUUAUAGAACUCCCCAGGAAGAGGGUCAAGUGUCCGUGCCCACCAGCCGUAUCGGAGACGGCGUACAUUUCGUCGGAAUUUUGUUGGAUCGGUAUUGCCUUUCGCACUCGUCUGUCGAAGCGAGAAUACGCCAAAUACGGGACUCUAUCUGGCCUUCGGAAGUCCAGGAAGGCGUACAAGCGCCUUCGAAGACCGACGCUCAAUUGAAAGAAGAAAGACGGAAGAAGGCACGAGAACGUCAACAGAAGCUCAUGCAGGAGUUCGCGAACCGCCAAAAAUCCUUUUUGAAACAAUGCAACGAAGUCAUCGACGACGAAAUGGUGAGUCCCUCCGAGGAAGAGAAGGAAGUCUGCCUCAAAGAGUACGAGUGUGUAAUAUGUAGUCAAACCUCGCCAACGACUGCUGAGAGACCCGUAGCCAUGGUGGUGCUACUCCAAGCAACCAGCGUACUCGGACACGCCCGACCGCAAGGGGAAGGUCCCUGUAAUCUACCGUGCAGUGAUCUGGAGAGUCUACCUUCGUCAACAAGUCGAGCGAGCUACUCGAAACAAAAAUUCGAGGAGCUCACCCGACAUUUCGAUUCGUCCAGCUGGUACCGAUCGGCCAACAUCGGUUGGGAAGGCGGCGUACAUGUACAAACCUGUGGGCAUUACUUGCACGUCGAUUGUCACAAAUCCUAUAUGCUAUCGCAACGGAGUCAACAUCAUCAAGAUUUCCACCGAAUGAUGCAGACGCUGGCUCCAGAGAGAGGAGAAUACCUCUGCCCCUUGUGUCGUCAGCUUGCCAAUUCCGUUCUGCCCAUUCAUCCAUCUACGGGGGAGCACCAAGCGGUCGUUCAAUGCAGUCCGCGAACACAUAUCAACGUCGCGACAGAGAUGUCGGACCUCAUGGCUGGCCUGCCAACGCCGUCCACGAGUAUCCUGAAGGAGAUGUCCGCCUUCAUGGAAGACCUCACGAACGCCACCUACGUCCAAUAUCGCACAUUCGUCUAUCUGAGAACGUCACAUCCUCUGAGUCUGUUCGUGUGCUCGUUAGCGCGAACUAAUCUCGAGAUCGAUCUUCUGCUUCACGAUGGACAGCUACCACCGAGCACUCCCGACCAGGCGGCCAGUAGUUCGUCGAUUGGACCGCGGAAAAGUUGCUUCGUGCCUCUUUUCCACGUGUUGGCGCUUCAUCUUAAGGCCCUCGCGGAGUCGCCCCUCUUCCACGUUUGGCAUUCUCUGACGGGCCUGCCCGUCGAAAAUACCACCUCGCUGGCUCCUAUGCAGAAGCACGUACCGUUCCUCAUCCGAGACAUCAGUUCGAUGCUCAUCGAGUUCCUAUUGAGCCUCCCUCUCAAUCUCGACAAGGUUUAUUUCACCUGCGUCGUCCGAGUGCUCUAUUCCCUAGCCGUGGCCCAGAGCGUUUCCCGAACCCUCUGUCGAAUGACCAGAGCCGAGACGCAUGAGCUGCAGGAGAAACUGGACCGGAACCCUACGGCUGGUUUCUACCCGUGCAUCUCAGUCAUCUUGUUGCAUUUGAGGAGAAUGGGAUUUCUCAACUGCGACGAGACCGAAGAGCCCGGCUUGCGCGGUCAACAAUUUGAGAGCUACAUCGAACGGAGCGUCAUACCUUUCUUGAGGAUAUGCGCUCUGCUCCAAAUGCAUCUCUUCAAUGAGCAAUUGCCGAAGAGGGAAGGCAGCGAAUUCAGAGCACUGAGCUCGUUCCUCGGGUUGGGCGAGGAACAGACCGGUUCAGCUCAACCUUCAACGCCUCCGAACGUGAGUCCGUGGGGAAAAUCAAAAGGAGAAAAUUACGCGACCGUGCUCAUGACUCCAAUCAAAUCAUUUGGUCAAACCCGCAUACUUUCACAGGCUCUAUCCAUCGUCCAAUGGGCGACUGACGGAAUCGGCCUUGUCGGCCAAUGGUGCAAGGAGCUCGGUUGUUUCGUCGAAGCUGACAGAGCUGCCGCGCGAUCGCUGCUCGUGGAUCAACCGCUCAGCUGGCGGCAGCCAUAUCUCCUCGGAUUACCAAAGAACUAUUCCGUGCUUUUCGAAUACUACCAUCGGAAAUCGUGCACCGUGUGCCAAAGCUGCCCUCAGGAUCCUUCGUUGUGCCUCGCUUGUGGUACUCUUGUCUGCCUGAGAGAGGUCUGCUGUCGUCGUCAGGAUACGGCUUAUUUCGAAGCGGUGCAACACUCAAUCGAUUGCGGAGCGGGAACCGCUGUGUUCCUCCAAGUCAAUUCUACUUCGAUCAUUGUCAUCCGAGGGAAGCGAGCUUGUCUCUGGGGCAGCGUGUACCUCGACUCGUUCGGCGAAGAGGAUCGUGACCUCAAACGCGGCAAACCUCUGUAUUUGAGUGAAGAUCGGUACGCCCUGCUGCAACAUCAGUGGGUGACCCAUUCAUUCGACCAUUGCACCCACAAGAGAUGGGCGUGGCACAAGGACAGCUUAUAAGACGGACUCGGAGGAAGACAUCACGUUGCCAA